GUUUGAGGCCGUUUUUGAAUGCUUUCUUGUAAGAUUCCACAAACUAAACAAUCUCCCAGUGCAUCAUUAAGCUCAUCAAAUAACUGUCAAAGCUCAGACAAUUUCUUCAUUUUAGCCAGUAAGCUGAAAUGGCUCGGCUUCCUAUGAAACCUAAAACUUCUUGCAAACAACAAUAGUUAAGUUUCGUCUACAGUACUUAGUCUUACAAACGUGGUGGCGUAAUGACGUAUGCUUUUCACGUACUUACAUAAAACAUAAUUAUGUAAGCAAACAGUUUUUUAAUCGACAAUAUAAUUACAAUUUCCCCUCACUGUUGUAGAAAUAUCAAACGCACUGCACGCCCCACUGUCAGGGCCGGCUGCCAGCGGGCCGGGCGGGUGUGUCGGGGUGGGACUCCGGAGCUGAUGUGGUCACCAUGGCGGCGGCGCGCGGCCCCGGAAUGGCGCCAUGAUGUCAAACAAGAAGAAGAGGAAGCGGCUCCACCGCAGUGUUAUGUUGGCCAAGAAGAUCAUCAUUAAGGACGGGGGCACGCCUCAAGGAAUAGGUGCACCAAGUGUAUACCAUGCUGUGAUAGUAAUAUUUCUAGAAUUCUUUGCUUGGGGGCUUCUGACAGCACCAACACUUGUGGUCUUGCGUGAAACAUUUCCCAAACAUACAUUCUUGAUGAAUGGCUUAAUCCAGGGUGUAAAGGGAUUACUGUCAUUUCUGAGUGCACCCUUGAUAGGUGCACUUUCAGAUGUGUGGGGGCGGAAGUCCUUUCUACUGCUGACUGUUUUUUUCACUUGUGCUCCUAUUCCUUUAAUGAAAAUUAGUCCAUGGUGGUAUUUUGCAGUUAUCUCUGUGUCUGGAGUGUUUGCUGUCACCUUCUCUGUAGUAUUUGCUUAUGUAGCUGACAUAACACAGGAACAUGAAAGAAGUAUGGCCUAUGGAUUGGUUUCAGCUACAUUUGCUGCAAGCUUGGUUACUAGCCCAGCCAUUGGUGCAUAUCUUGGUGGAAUUUAUGGGGACAAUCUUGUGGUUAUUCUUGCCACAGCUAUUGCUUUGCUAGAUAUUUGUUUCAUAUUGGUGGCUGUACCAGAAUCUCUUCCUGUAAAAAUGCGGCCUGCAUCUUGGGAAGCGCCCAUCUCAUGGGAGCAAGCUGAUCCAUUUGCUUCACUCAAGAAAGUUGGCCAAGAUUCAACAGUUCUUCUUAUCUGUAUUACAGUUUUCCUCUCCUAUCUGCCAGAAGCAGGGCAGUAUUCCAGUUUUUUUCUUUACCUCAAACAGGUGAUGAGAUUUUCAGCAGAAAGUGUCACUGUGUUUAUAGCUGUCCUUGGAAUUCUCUCUAUAAUUGCACAAACAGCAGUUCUGAGUUUACUGAUGCGAUCGAUUGGAAACAAGAAUGCUAUUCUGCUUGGUUUAGUAUUCCAGAUGUUGCAGUUGGCCUGGUAUGGACUUGGCUAUGAACCGUGGAUGAUGUGGGCAGCAGGAGCAGUGGCAGCCAUGUCCAGCAUUACUUUCCCUGCCGUGAGUGCAUUGGUGUCACGGAAUGCUGACUCAGACCAACAAGGUGUCGUUCAAGGAAUGAUCACAGGAAUUCGAGGGUUAUGUAAUGGACUAGGACCUGCACUUUAUGGAUUUAUAUUCUAUAUUUUUCAUGUUGAACUAAAUGAGUCACCAGAGAAUGAUGCUGAAUCAUCUGACAGUAAGAAGACAGAAAGCCAUUCUGAGCAGAGCUCGAUAAUUCCUGGACCACCAUUCUUAUUUGGAGCAUGCUCAGUAUUGCUGGCUUUACUUGUUGCCUUCUUCAUCCCGGAAUGUAGAAAUAUGUCUGUAAGACCCAGCAGCUGGAAGAAACUUGCUGGUAACCAAGGCCAUGUACACAAUUCACAGCUCCCUUCUGAAGCUAAGGAACCUCUGCUUCAGGAUACCAGUGUAUGACAACAGUUUGAACACAGAAAACAUUUAAAAACAAGUAUUUAAGAAAAACUGGUGUGGGCCUAAAGUAAUACAAGAUUUCCUGAAUCCAGUAAUUUAGGCAAUACAACUCAGGAUUAUAUUGAUCUCUUCAGGAUGACAAGCUUGCUGCAGGACUGCAGUUAUGAGAGGAAAUUGGCUGCAUUGUGAAUUUUACAAGCAGCCAAGUAACUCGUAUAGUUUCUUGGGAGGUUUCUUUUAUAGGAGGAUCUUAACCUGAUGCUGCUCUCAAUUCCCCAUGGCAUGGCUAAACUAAAAUGUGCCAUGUGAAAGAAAAUCAUUAAACACAAUGUGUUAGUGUGGCUCUUUACAUGUUCUGUAAAGAUGUAAUAAGUAUUAAAAACUGGGCUAAAACUAUGGUCAGUCUAUACUCUGAUGCUGGAGAUGUUGUACUGUGUCUGGAUCUAGACUCAAAGCUGAUGUCCCAGUGAGACUGAUCCAUUCUGAGUAUUUCUGCAGAAGCAAGUAUGGUUUGUUAUUGAGCCUUGUUGUUUUAAAGUAACUUAAAUACAAAACAAAAAGUGAUUUUGGUAAUUUAUCUGCAAGUAUUCAAGGCAGCAUGUGUCAUUACAUUUUGUUCUAUCCUUUCAUUCCUGUAUAUACCCCAAACAUUUCACAUUAAAUUCAAGUUUACUGUCACUUGACUACAUGUAUAUACAACCUCUGUUCCUCUGGACCACAGUGCACCCACAAAACAUGUAACACACACAGCACAUAAACCAAAAUAUUACCAUAAAUAAAAUAUAACUCAAAACGCAUGCAACACGGUAAACAGUACAGUAUAUAGUAAACAACAAGCAGACUUUUAACUUGCCUUUUGAGACUUUAUCUAGCUGCUUAUUUUAACUUGGAACUGGUGCUGGAAUGCCUUGCUCUUGUGGACUGAGUGAAAUGUGCACCUGACUUCACUUCAGUUUGCUUCAGCAAGUAAACUUAAAAGGCAGUUUGCCUUAAUUGCUUGUUUGUUUACUAGGUAUUGUUAAUGUGAUGGGUAUUAUUUAAACCAAUAUUUUUAAUGCCACAUUUUCACUGCCUUUUUCCCUAUGCUUUUGUAAUAAGUAGCAUUUAACUUCAAACCAGGUACGAACAUGAGCUUCAGUCCUGCAGCCUUGAAAAUUAUAUUUUGUAUGUUAAUAUUGUGGCCUUUUUAGCAAUAUAAUGUUUUGUGGUAAAUAGAAUUGUGUCAAAUUUACAACAUUGACUUUCAUAAGUUGCUUGUAAUUUCAAAUAAACAUUAUACUGUUUUGUGUUAAAAGAUCAGUGCAUUGAAAAUAAUUACUGAAAUCAUACAUUUAAUUUUAUGGCCCCUUAACUACUGGAAUCUGAUUUCUAUAAGAGGCAUUUACUCUAUUAGUUAAAUUUUAAAUUUCUCAACCAGAAUCAAUGUUAUGCUAAAGAUCUAUCAUACAGUGGGAGGAGCACACUACCGUUUCAAACUACUCAGCUGCCACCCCUAUUAGUCUCAUGGGUGGAGAAGUCAGCUACCUGUUCUCAUUAUCGACCUCAACCCAGCAAAUUGAAGUGAAUGUAUGUCAUCCUCAAGCCUGGGGAAUUGACUAAGAGGGGACAAAGAGAUGUUAGAAGGUCUUGCAGUGUCAAGAUGUGAGUCACUGUUUUGCUCUUAUAUCCAUAGUAGAUAUGUGGUUGGUCUAAUUGAGCUUUUGGUCAAUGUGACCCCCAGAUGUUGACGAUGGGAGCAGUUUUUUUUCAAUAGGUUCAAAUAUUAGAUAGGUAAAAUUUUAUUCAAUUCCUUUUAGAGUAGCUUAUAAAAUUUUGUGUUAUUGUGGUAUGGUUCUGGCAAACCUACCACCAUAAAUCAUUGGAGCUUCAGCAUGGUUUGAGAUCUUGUCCACAGGUGAUGCAAAAGACAGAGGAUUUUGUCUAGGUACCACUGUUUGUUCCUCAUCAAGGAUAGAUUUUUUUUUUUGGCAUUUUAACCAAAUAAAAACUCAGUUAUCCACCAUACUUCCAGUAAUUUUGUUACUUUUAAUCAAAAUAUGGAUAGAUCUUAAG